AAACAAGUGGCAAAAUGUUUGACGAAGGUGUUGCGCUGGGCUAUAUCAUGCAAUUGAAACUUAAGCUUGCUCCAUUGCGGAUAUAUUCCCGUGAGAGUGCGGAAAACUUAAAUGUAUUUAUUUAUUUCAAAUGUGAAAUUUUACCAAUAUACUCACGGACCACUAGGGGGCGCUAACGGACCACCAGUGGUCUGCGGACCACACUUUGAGAAGCACUGCUUUAGAGUGUAUGUCCAAGUCUGGUAGUGGGUUCUUUUUGUCAUUGUUUGAGUAUACCAAAAAGACCCAGAACUCGCGAAAAUUGCCCCCACCAUUCCCAAAAAUGCUAACUACAUAAGCCAUGAUAUACAAAACGACAUAAUUGACCUGAUAAGUUGUAAGGGAGCAUAUUGUUGAGGAAAUAGGCGACUCCUUUGACACUGUCAACAUGGAUGGACAGGCUGUGAAAACAUUUCAAUUGUACUGCGUUUUGUUGAUGAGAACUAUGUCAUAAAAGAAAGGCUCUUGACAAUCGCCACAGCAGUUGCAGGUUAUGCAAAAACCCUCACACAGACACUCAUUGAUGAAAUAUGCAAAGCUGGCCUGAGCACAGACACAAUUGUCAACCAGGUAUAGGUUGGGGAAAGUCUUAUGUCGGGGAGACACGGUGGGGUUCAAAGACUCCUUCAAGAUGAACUGGGCAGAGAAAUCCCAUAUGUGCACUGCUUCAACCACCAGCUGCACUUGGUCGUUGUUCACGCCAUGCAACACACUGAGUUUCUGUGUGGUUCUGGGGCUGUGGGGAACAUCCUGGGCUGAUCCGGUCCUGUUGAGGCUCCAACAAGGUUCCUGGAUAUCUGAGAGGAGGGGCACUACCUGUGAUGUGAAGCUUGUGGUAAUGAAUGAGCAUGUUGUUGUGUUUGUGUGAAGGUGGGGGCUCUGCUAUGGAUCAGUGUGAGGACAGAGAGGAGGAAGCCCCCCCCUCUAAAAGCUCUGGGGAACAUGAGAGCCAGACCAAAGCUCAGAGCCCAGAGCAAACACCUCAUUCUGCUGGACCUGGACCUGGACCUGGACCUGGACCCAGCUCUGUGUCCAGUAACCAACUUACUGCCAGAGACCAGAACCAGGGAGAAAAGAUGGAGACACCUAGAGAAGUCCUAUUCAAAACUUUAAAAGAUUUUGGGGAAAGUGAGUUUAAAGACUUCAAGUGGUACCUGCAGGGGAAGGUCCUAGGAUUCCCAGGAAUCCCAAAGAGUGAACUAGAGGAAGCAGACCGAGGGGACACAGUGGAUCUGAUGCUUCGGGACUACGACAUAAACACCAUCAAAGUGACCAGAGAAGUUUUGAAGAAGAUCCCGAGGAAUGAUCUAGAAGAGGAAUUAUCAAAAUUCCCAUCAGACCCUGAAGAUAUUCUCACGAAGUGCCAAGGUGAACUCAAAUCAAACCUGAAGGAAACAUUUGAAAAUAUCACAUUUAUGGAAAAAUCUGAAUCCCUACUUAAAAUCUACACGGAGAUCUACAUCACCAGGGGAGACACCACAGAGGUCAACAAGGAACAUGAGAUCAGACAGAUCGAACAAGCAUUCACUAAACCAGACAGAUCAGAAACACCCAUCAUACAAGAAGACCUCUUUAAAGGCUCAACUGAAAGAGGUACACCAAUCAGAGCAGUGAUGACAAAGGGAGUGGCUGGCAUUGGGAAAACAGUCUUAACACAGAAGUUCACUCUGGACUGGGCUGAAGGCAAAGCCAACCAGGACAUCCAGUUCAUAUUUCCAUUCACCUUCAGAGAGCUGAAUGUGGUGAGAGAGAACAAGUACAGCUUGGUGGAACUUGUUCAUCACUUCUUCUCUGAAACCAGAGACGCAGGAAUCUGCAGGUUUGAUCAGUUCCCGGUCGUGUUCAUCUUUGACGGUCUGGAUGAGUGUCGACUUCCUCUUAAAUUCCACAACACUAAGAUCCUGACUGAUGUCACAGAGUCCACCUCAGUGGAUGUGCUGCUGACAAACCUCAUCAGGGGGAAGCUGCUUCCCUCUGCUCGCCUCUGGAUAACCACACGACCUGCAGCAGCCUAUCAGAUCACUGAGUUUGUGGACAUGGUGACAGAGGUCCGAGGGUUCACUGACCCACAGAAGGAGGAGUACUUCAGGAAGAGAUUCAGAGAUCAGGAGCAGGCCGGCACCAUCAUCUCCCACAUCAAGACCUCACGAAGCCUCCACAUCAUGUGCCACAUCCCAGUCUUCUGCUGGAUCUCUGCUUCAGUUCUGGAGGACAUGUUGAAAACUGAGAGAGGAGAGCUGCCCAAGACCCUGACUGAGAUGUACAUCCACUUCCUGGUGAUUCAGUCCAAAGUGAACGUCAAGUAUGAUGAUGGGGCCGAGACAGAUCAACACAGGAGUCCAGAGAGCAGGAUGAAAAUGAUGGAGUCUCUGGGAAAACUGGCUUUUGAGCAGCUGCAGAAAGGUAACCUGAUCUUCUAUAAGUCCAACCUGAGAGAGUGUGACAUCGAUAUCAGAGCAGCCUCAGUGUGCUCAGGAGUGUUCACACAGGUCUUUAGAGAGGUGAGAGGAACGUACAAGGACAAGGUGUUCUGCUUCGUCCAUCUGAGUGUUCAGGAGUUUCUGGCUGCUCUUCAUGUCCAUCUGACCUUCAUCAACUCUGGAUUCAACCUCAUGGCCCCCUGGUGGUCUAAAGUCUUCAGACAAAAACCUAAACAUGUUUACCAGAGGGCUGUGGACCAGGCCUUACAGAGUCCAAACGGACACCUGGACUUGUUCCUCCGCUUCCUCCUGGGUCUUUCAAUGGAGACCAAUCAGACCUUAUUACACGACCUGCUGACACAGACAGGAAGUGGCUCACAGACCAUCCAGAAAACAGUGAAAUACAUCAAGAAAAAGAUAAGAAAGAAUCCGUCUCCGGAGAAAAGCAUCAACCUGUUCCACUGUCUGAAUGAACUGAAUGAUCGUUCUCUAGUGGAGGAGAUCCAAUGGUACCUGAGGUCAGGAAGUCUCUCCACAGAGGAUCUGUCUCCUGCUCAGUGGUCAGCUCUGGUCUUCAUCUUACUGUCAUCAAAAGAAGAUCUGGACGUGUUUGACCUGAAGAAAUACUCUGCUUCAGAGGAGGCUCUUCUGAGGCUGCUGCCAGUGGUCAAAGCCGCCAGGAAAGCUCUGCUGAGUGGCUGCAAGCUGUCAGAGAGAAGCUAUGAAGCUCUGUCCUCAGUCCUCAGCUCCCAGUCCUCUAGUCUGAGAGAUCUGGACCUGAGUAACAACGACCUGCAGGAUUCAGGAGUGAAGCUGCUGUCUGCUGGACUGGAGAGUCCACACUGUGAACUGGAGACUCUCAGGUUAACUGGCUGCGACCUGUCAGAGAGAAGCUAUGAAGCUCUGUCCUCAGUCCUCAGCUCCCAGCCCUCUAGUCUGAGAGAGCUGGACCUGAGUAACAACGACCUGCAGGAUUCAGGAGUGAAUCUGCUGUCUGCUGGACUGGAGAGUCCACACUGUGAACUGAAGACUCUCAGGUUAACUGGCUGCGACCUGUCAGAGAGAAGCUGUGAAGCUCUGUCCUCAGUCCUCAGCUCCCAGUCCUCCAGUCUGAGAGAUCUGGACCUGAGUAACAACGACCUGCCGGAUUCAGGAGUGAAUCUGCUGUCUGCUGGACUGGAGAGUCCACACUGUGAACUGGAGACUCUCAGGUUAACUGGCUGCAAGCUGUCAGAGAGAAGCUGUGAAGCUCUGUCCUCAGUCCUCAGCUCCCAGUCCUCUAGUCUGAGAGAGCUGGACCUGAGUAACAACGACCUGCCGGAUUCAGGAGUGAAGCUGCUGUCUGCUGGACUGGAGAGUCCACACUGUGAACUGGAGACUCUCAGGUUAACUUACUGUGACCUGUCAGAGAGAAGCUGUGAAGCUCUGUCCUCAGUCCUCAGCUCCCAGUCCUCUAGUCUGAGAGAGCUGGACCUGAGUAACAACGACCUGCCGGAUUCAGGAGUGAAGCUGCUGUCUGCUGGACUGGAGAGUCCACACUGUGAACUGAAGACUCUCAGGUUAACUGGCUGUGACCUGUCAGAGAGAAGCUGUGCAGCUCUGUCCUCAGUCCUCAGCUCCCAGUCCUCUAGUCUGAGAGAGCUGGACCUGAGUAACAACGACCUGCAGGAUUCAGGAGGGAAGCUGCUGUCUGCUGGACUGGAGAGUCCACACUGUGAACUGGAGACUCUCAGUCUGUCAGGCUGUCUGGUCACAGAGGAAGGCUGUGUUUCUCUGGCUUCAGCUCUGAGCUCCAACCCCUCCCAUCUGAGAGAGCUGGACCUGAGCUACAAUCAUCCAGGAGACUCAGGAGAGAAACGGCUUUCUGCUGGACUGGACGAUCCACUCUGGAAACUGGACACUCUCAGGCUGGACCAUGGUGGAGAGCAGAGGUUGAAACCAGGUGUGAGGAAGUAUUCCUGUGGACUCACCUUGGACUCAAACACAGCACACAGAAACCUCAUACUGUCUGAGGACAACAGGAAGGUGAUAUAUGUGAGAGUGGAGAGGCAGCCAUAUCCUGAUCAUCCAGAGAGGUUUGACUCCUGGCCUCAGCUGAUGUGCAGAGAAGCUCUGACUGAUCGCUGCUACUGGGAGGUCGAGUGGAGCGGAAGGGUUCUCAUAUCAGUGACUUACAGAGGAAUCAGCAGGAGAGGAGCCGGUGGGGACUGUGAGUUUGGAUAUAAUGAUCAGUCCUGGAGUCUGAUCUGCUCUGAUGAUGGUGGUUACUAUGUCAGGCACAAUAAGAGAAGAACAGACAUCUCCUCCUCCUCCUCCUCCUCCUCCUCUGGUAGAGUAGCAGUGUAUCUGGAUCACCCUGCUGGCUCUCUCUCCUUCUACAGAGUCUCCUCUGACACACUGAUCCACCUCCACACCUUCAGAGCCACAUUCACUGAACCUCUCUACGCUGGCUUUGGGUUCGUGCUCUGGUCAUAUGACUCCUCAGUGUCUCUGGCUGCAUCUCAGGUCGGUUAAAUGGAUUCCUUGCGUCCCUCACUUGCGUCGUUUCCCUGCGUUUAGUCCACCAGGGAAGCAUGGAGAGAGGAAACCACGAGAAGCAGGGAAAUGAGUUUUAAGAGCAAUAAUAAUAAAUAAUAAUAAUAAAUGAUAUUUAUAUAGCGCCUUUCAAGGGACCCAAGGUCGCUGUACAUGGUGGACAAACAAAACAAACAGACAAUCAACGGGCAAACCAAAGAAAUAAAUAAAGGAAGCCAAGGGACCAGAAAAGGGCUAGGGCCCGAAGGCCAGGGUGAACAGGUGUGUUUUUAGCGAUGAUUUGAAGAUGUCCAGGGAGGCAGCAUUACGGAUCUCGGCAGGAAGUGCAUUCCAGAGGGUGGGGGCCGCAACACUGAAUGCCCUGUCACCAACAGUACGGAGGUGAGAGCGGGGGAUGGAGAGCAGGCCCGUGUCUGAGGACCGCAGACUCCGAGAAGGGGUGUAGGGAUGGAGGAGGUCCGAUAAGUACUGGGGGGCGAGGGAAUGGAGGGACUUGUACGUGAGGAUGAGUGUUUUGUAUUGA